AUGCGCUGCGUACAGGUUGCCGUCUCUGCGCAACGAUUCGAGAGAGAAUCGAGAAAACAUAAGUCUCUAUAUGGCGAGUCUGAUUCUGACGAUGAACGACCGCUGGAGGGAUGGCUUGACGACUUGGAGAAGGAUCCUACGCCGAAUGGCUUAGGGUCACUUCUUGCUGAUGAUGCCGACAAGGUAAUCGACGAAGCUAAAGAUUCUUGGCUGGUGCUUGAACUAUAUGGUCCCGGCGUGCACGUUGUGCUUCCAAUGGAGCUUGCUACCGAGAACGAAUUGGAGGACCUCAUGCAGAACAAUAUAGACGAGCAAGCCUCGACCGGCAGUAACGAGAACCUCAGACUUAGUAACGCAUGGCUACAACACUGCCUAGCUAACCAUACUCGCUGUGCACCUGACCGGCAGGAUCCAUGGCUUCCCAGUCGCCUGAUUGACGUUGGUACGGUGAAAAACGAGACUGUCCGGCUAGUCUUGGGCAGUUCCCUAGAUAUAAGAAGUCCCUACGCUGCCCUGAGCCACCGCUGGGGUCGGGAUACAACAUUCGUCUUGACUUCGGCCAAGCUUGCCGCCUAUCAGCAGGAAAUAACUCUGGUGGAGGGCUCUUCGACUUUAAGGGACGCUAUUGAAGUUACUAGGUCUCUAGGACUGCAAUAUUUGUGGAUGGACUCGAUGUGCAUCGUUCAAGAUGAUGCAAGUGACUGGGCUCGUGUAUCGGCCACCAUGUCCAAAGUCUAUGGUCUGUCUACUUGCACCAUUGCGGCAGCAAACAGUGGUUCAGAUGAAGGCGGUUGCUUUGCGCAACGAAAUUAGUACCGGGUUCGUCCCUGUUGGAUCCCGAACCCUUUCCGUGUGAAUUCAAAGUACUGGUUCUACGCCAGGCCCGAGCACCUAUAUCGCAUCUACGACAAGGAGAUAAGGCGCUCCUUGUGGUAUAACCGAGGCUGGGUCUUUCAAGAACGUACGCUUUCGCCCCGUCUUUUGGUAUUUUCAGGCGCUCAGAUACUGUGGACCUGUAAACAAAUGCAAGCCGCUGAAACUUGGCCCUGCGGGGGAGAGAUUGAGAAUUACAUUGACCGAUUCAACACGUUUG